AUGCACGAACGUCACCUCUCAAGUGACGACGUACAAAUCCUUACCUGGCUCACUGCCACACUCGAUCAGGUCAAAAAGAAUCUAAACGAGUAUGCUCAGGAGUACAAUGAAGGACAUUGGAAGCACCUGAAUUGGGGACUGCAGGCAAUUGGAAAGGUCAAGUUCAUACAGUUACAAGCGAACUACUUACGUAUCACACGACAGCUUGCUGAGAUUGCUUGGGUCACCCCUGUUGAUGCAGAUGCCCAAGAAGAAUGGGAUGAUGACGAUCAACAAGCUCUCGGUAUCAUCAUGGUUUGGACGCAGCAAAAGCUGCACUCACAUUUGAAAGGAGUAACCCACGUGCUUGAUGCAUGGGAGAAACUUAAAACGGUUUAUGGCACAGAAUCCGUACUUGGAACCUGGAACCUCGUCAUCGGAUACAUGAAUACCCAGAUGGAUGAUUCAAAGUCACUUCAACAACAGAUCGAUGACUUGGAGACACAAAGGAAUUGUCCUUACCCCCCCAGCUACAGCAAUGUGCUCGUGAAUCUCCUUGUGGGAUUGGACCUGACCACUGUCAAGCCUCAGGAUCUUAUUCUUAAGAUCAUCGACGAAGAAAAUCAUCGUAAGGAAGAGUCCAUUGGACGAAUCUCCCAGGUCACCCGCAAAGGCCCUUGUGGCAAAUGUGGGAAGGCAGGCCAUACCACUGAACAGCAUGUGGAUAAUUGGCAGCCUAAGAGAAAGAACCAGGGCAAUGCAAAGGGGAAGGUGCCUGCUAACAAGCAAGGCAAGCGAAAGGGUAAGGGAUCUAACGGCGGGACUUCAAAGUCUGCAGCCACUCCCUCAACCGGGACCAUCGUCACAGUCUAA